AUGGCGCCGAUGGCUGCGCCGCGCCGCCUGCACGUGCACUUCUACGACGCGGACGAGCCGACUGAGGUGACCGUUAAAUCGGGCCAGGACAUCCUGUGCACGGUGUCGCAAAAGAUCGGCGUCCCCGCUCACGAGAUCGCACUGGAGCUGUUCGGGGGGGAGGAGUCAUACGACUUGACGCUCCACGCCAUGUGCAAUCACAUCCAGGCGCAGCAGUCGGAGCCGCACGUCCUCUUCAACUUCCCGUCGGCCAAGAUCUUGAUCACUACCGAGGGCAUCUUCUCGCAGGAGACGGCGGUGUACGAGCUGAUCGACAACGCGCUCGAGUCGGUGUACCUCCUCGCGAGCGGGACCCCUUCAUCGUACAUUCCUCAAGUCGUCCUGCUCCUCGACCUCGAGCGCAACAUUCUGCGGGUUGUGGACAACGGGCGCAGCUUGACGCACGAUGAGCUGGUGAUGUGGGGGCAGCUUGGGACCUCGGACCACCAGAAGCACGGCGGCUCGGCCUCCGGCUUCUUCCCCGUGCGCUACUCGCGGUUCGGCGUCGGGUCCAAGGGAGCCGGAAAGGCGCUGCUGGGAGAGGGCGGCGAGCUCUCAAUGGCGAGGGUGGAGGGCGGCCCCCGUGGCAGUGGGACGAAGCUGACGAUGCCGAUCGCGAAGAUGAUGAAGGCGGCUGAGGAGGGCGACCGCAAGGGCGAGUGGAAGCAGCCCGUCACGUCGUGGCAGCCGGACGCGCAGGUGCGCGCGCUGAUGGACCGCGAGGGGUGGGGCGACAAGGCGACGUGCUUCGAGGUGCGCGGCGUCAAGGCGAACACCCUGCGCGAGUUCGCGGCGGGGUUGAAGGAGGCGGGCGGCCUCGCCGACAAGCUGUGCGACAAGUACCUCCCGUGCCUCGUGACGACCGACCCCAGCUCGGCGGCGCGCGCUCUUGCGGCGCGCGCUCUGCCGGAGAUGGAGGGCUUUCCCCGGCAGCUGAUUCGGAUGAGCGUCGAGCUCGGCGAGGACCGCAUCACGCUCAACGACGAGAUCUUUGGCCACGGCGAUGUCGACAACCUGCGCUGCUCGCAGCUCAUUCAGCAGCGCCAGAUCCGCUACCAGCACCUCGAGGAGAAGUUCCCGCAGGCGGCAGGCGGCCACGGCGCUGCGACGCGCUCCGCCGACCUCGCGUGCCCGUCGAUGACCAAGGUCUUCGACGGCACUUGCGAGACGGGCGAUAUGCAGGGCUCGUGGCGGCUCGUCCUCGAGUACUGGCCGUCGACCAACGGCAGCACCUCCAUGCCGCCGGUCGUCGAGCCCGGCUGCUUCGAGGUUCGGUGGAACGGGCGGCUGCUCUCCGAGGAGCGCACGAAGUCGUUCCAGUUCACCGAGCUCGCGGGCGCGAAGGAGUUGCUCGGGCGCGGCCCCCUGAAGGACCUGCCGGAGGCCGUGUGGCAGCGCUUCACCGGGACCCUCUACCUCGACGGCAACUUCGCCGUCGAUCCGAACAAGAACGCGCUGCUGCACGAUUCGUCGGUGGACAGCCUCGUGCAGAACCUCUUCCGCAAGUGGGACUCGAGGGCAGAGAAGCAGCGCGGCCGCGGCUCGCCCCGCGCGUCGCCUCUCUCGUCCCCAGGCUUUGGCUCGCCAGGCUACGGGCCUGGGGGAGGCAACUCGCCCCGGGAGGUCGCCAGCAUGCGGCAGCAGCAGCAGCUCGACGCGGCGCAGAAGAAGAAGCAGGAGAUGGUGCCCCUCGCAAGAGAGAUGUGCGCCUGGCUGCACGACUGGAAGGAGGUCGACGAGGACGUCAUCUUCGUGGCCGAGAGCACCGACCCCCCCCGCGCAGCCGAUUGCGACGUCGACACCGCGCGGGGCACCUUCAAGGCGACGACGAACCACGUGCGGAUCGGUGGCGAGAACUUUGUCGCGCCGGUUCGCCACAAGGUGAGCCUCGAGGCCAAGGACCUCGACCCGAAGAAGCGCCUGCUCGUCAAGAUCGCCGUCAGAAAGCAGGAGGAGUUCGCCGAGGUGUGCGACUUCCAGUUCGACGGCUCGUACGACCCCGCCUCCGCGCUGCGCGACUCCGACGUGAACGAGGCCUGCCGCCAGGCGACGAGCGGCUUUGUGCGCUUGUGGCGGUGGACGCACGCCCGCGUGACCGAGCGGCCCGAGUCGUUUCCCCUCACGAGCCUUCGCAAGAAGGUCGCGGAGGGGGAUUGGAAGCGGCACGUCACGGCGGCGAAGAAGCACUUGCCGUCCGAGCUGCGCGUCAAGAGCGACGCCGUCUCCACGAGCUCGCACCCCGUCAUCGACGUCGGCAAGCCCAUUGCGUUUGAGGACGCAGCCAGCGCCAGGGGCCCGGGCCACUUCGUUGUGCAGGUUUUCAAUGGCCAGCAGCCCAAGGAGGCAAUGCUGGGCGGCCUGCCAAACCGAGGCAAGCUCACCUUCGAGGUGAACGGGCAGAAGGUUGUUGAGGUCAGGCAGCCUUAUGCCGGCGGCGAGUACUGGUUCGCGUGCCCGCACGCGCACAACCGCGGCGGCGCCUCUCUCAAGGCUGGCCGCAACACUUGCACCUUUCGCGGCGCGCGCGACGGCGAGCGCGACCUCGUGCUCAAGUUCGACGUCACCGUGCUGCCGGCCGAGCGGCCGGAGCGGCUCUUCCUGCACCAUGGGUCGCUCGACGAGAACAGCGAUGUGCGGCUGGGCGACACGCUGCCGCAGCUGUGCCUCGAGGCCCUCGACGCGACCGACCAACGGUUCGAUCUCGACCCGCGCCACGUCAGCGUGCACUUGAAGGUGGGCGGCGGCGCUGAGCUGGAGCUGCACUCGAAGGACCGCAAGACCCCGCUGCGCGCCGGGCGCGAGCCGAGGCGCGUGGCGUUCGACCAGUUGCAGCUCCGCGGCAAGCUCAACCUCUCCUCCUCGGCGCGCAGCAACGUCCGGCCUGCCACGCUCGUCUUCCGCUACGAGCAGCCGCAGUCGCAGCCGCAGCAGCAGCUUGAAGAUCUCGAGAUGCACGUGCAGGUCUCGAGCGGGCCGGUUGCACGGCUCGACCUCGACGCCGAGCAGACGCCGCUGGAGCCGGGCAAGCCGCUGCCGGCUCUCGAGCUGCGUGCGUUCGACGCGUGGGACAACCCGGCGACGGAGGAGACGGUUCGCUUGUCGGUGGCGCCCGAGGGAAGCCUCCAGCUCAAGGACUCGGAGGUGGUGACGGACUCGAAGGGCAAGCACAAGCUCAAGGCGCGCUGGGCGGCGGUGAGCUCCGCGCCGGCCGUCGGCAACGCGACCGUCACCUUCUCGAGCGCGGGAGUGAGCAAGGCCCUCGCCGUGCCGAUCGUUCAGCCGCCGGCCGCGCGCGUCGAGCUCGUCUGCCCCGACUCGGUGGGCAGCGGCGAGUCGUUCGAGUUGAAGCUCGUCGCAUACUCGGAGGGAGACGCUGAGGUCGCGGUGCCCGAGAUUGAUCUCGGUGCGCUUCAGCUGGCUGUGGCCGGCAGCGACAUCGAGCCCCCGGAUUACACAUGGCAACAGGAUGGCCUGCGGCUGCGCUCGACCUGCAGCGUCAUCGGCAAGGUAGGGACGAUCACCCUCACCCUGCCGCCCGUCGCGCACAACAUCCUCUCGACCGCCGACGCCAAGCAGCUCCAGCUGUGCGCCGGCGCUGCCGCGGGCAUCCAUGUGUCGGAGCAGGAGGUGCGCAACGGCUCGGAGUUUACGAUCAAUGCGAGCGUGGUCGACAGCGCGGGCAACAAGCUCGAGAUGGGCCAGUACACGUGGCAAGUCGAGGCCUCGGCGCCCGACGAGCUCUACGUCAAGGCCGCCACGCGUCGCUGCCAGCCGAGCCCGUCGCUCCGCGCGUGCGUGUGCACGAAGCGGGUGCUCUCGCAGAGCACGCCGCACGCCGUCGCGAUCCGCGCGACACCGACCGACGGCGGGCCAACGCUCGAGGAGGAGGUGCAGCUGCAGCUCCUGCCGGCGGAGCUGCCUUCGCAGAUUGCUCUGUACCGGCGGUCUGACGAAGAUGUCUUGCCGGUCAUGGGACGGAUCCAGGCCGUCGCGGGCGAGAUGCUUCCGGAGCUCCUCGUCUCUCUCUUGCUCGAGACCGGGGAGGAGCACAGACGCGUGCAGCAGUGCCAGCUCGAGGUGAGCUGGCAGGGCGAGUCCCACAAGCGGCACGACACCUUCCCCAGCGACAGCCGCUCCGCCUUCCUCGUCAGCGGCCUGCCCGCAAGCACGACGGCGGGCACGCAAAAGCUCAAGCUCACGCUCCACAACUUCAAGGCGGCGCACGCGACGGCCGACGAGCAGCGGAAGCUGGGCGCGACGCUCGAGGCCUCUGGCCGCAGCAAGACGGUCGCGGAGAUCGAUGUCACCGUGCUCCCGGCUGCCCCGCUCGGCUUGCAGCUUGUUGGCGAUGAGGUCCUCUCGCUGCAGGACGACACUAUUGUCACGGACGUCGACCUCCGCCUCGUGGACGCGCACGGCAACGUCAUCGACGAGACGUUCGAUGUGACCGUCACGCUCACGCCGCCCGCCACGCCGCCCGCCGACACGGAGUCGACCACCGCCGUCCUCCAACAGCCGCUGCCCAACAGUACGCUGAAGGUCAAGCGCGGUAAGCUGAAGCUCUCGACGCUGCGGCUGUCCAACUACGGGCGGAGCGGCGAGUACUCGCUCGACUUCACCAAGGCGGACGGCAGUCUGGCUGGCUCCGUCCCUAUCGCGUACACCGACCCGGCGGAGGAGAAGGCGGACGCGGAGCGGCUGCGGAGGGAGAUCGCACAGCGCCAGGCCGACCUCGACGAGAAGAAGCGCCUCUGCGGCGAGGCGACAACGCGGCACGACGCCGCGAAGCGUGCUCUCGCCGACGCGCAAGGCGAGCUCCGCGAGACCAAGGCGCAGGAGAACGCGCGGAAGAAGCAGCAGGUUUUGAUGAGCUUCGACGAGGCGCAGGCGAAGCUGGCCGAGACGCAGCCGCCGGACGAGGCACAGAUCUCCGAGGGCGCGCAGCAACUCGGCACGCUGCUCGGCGCCACGGAGGAGGAGCCGACGGUGCAGCUCCUUCUUGACGACGAGGAGGGAGUGCGGCGGUACACGCGCUCUGAGGUCGACGGCCACGUGUUCCAGGACGAGGGCGGCGCAGUGCUGCGCACGAUCGAGCUCGAGCCCGGCAAGUGGGGCAUCUUCAAGGUGGCGCGGACCCGCCACGGCGGCGAGACGCGCGAGCGGCGCGGCGACCUCGUCUUCGACUACACGACGGACGCGUACAAGAUGAAGCGGGCGGUCGUGGCGGGCGCGUCACUUUGCGCCGCCGCAACCACGCGCGACGCUCGCGUCGCUGCCGCGCUUCUCGCGCUCAUCGGCGGCGACGCCGUCGCGCUGCACCCGGACGUGGCCUUCGGCGCGAUGAUGCCGCUGCUCGGCGGCUAUGGCGUCCGCCCGCGCCGCACGCCAGCCAACUUCGUCGAGGAGAAGAACUACAAGGUGUCCGUUGACGGCUCGACGGGCCUUCUCGAGUUCGACGGCGAGGUGCUGCCGCCCGGCGCGAAGGAGUACGGCGCCGCGUACCUCGUCAACCUCGUGGUCCUCCCUGACGGGAACCAGGGCGCAGCGCUGCGCCGCGCGCUGUGGCGCGCCGUCGGCCGCACCGUCGUCGUCGACGGCGACGCUAGCCGAAUGAUCGAGUACGCCGACGAGAAUCCGCACUUGCACGACGUGGUCGCCCUCGGCGCUCACGGCGAGACUGCGCCCUUCGAUGCGAUCCGCUCCUCCGGCGUGCAGCCUCUCGCCCGCACGGCCGGCGUGAUGCUGGGCCCGCCGAGCGAUCCGCUGGCUGCGCAGGCCCUAUGCGGCACCGCGGCCGGCGCGGUGGUGUACGAGACGACGCUGGUGACGGCCUUCCAGGAACGGGUCGAUGAGCUGCAGCGCGAGGUCGAGGAGAAGCAAGAGGGGCACGACGACGCAGAGGCGGCGAGGCUCGAGCAGGAGCAAGCCGUUGGGGCGGCCACUGCUGCGCUCAAGCGCGCAAAGAACAAGCGGAAGGCUCCGGGCGGCGAGCCGUCGGGCCUCGACCCCGCAACUGCCCAGGAGCGUCCGCGCCAAAGGCGCAGGACGGGAGGCACCGCCCAGGCGCCCAACUAAUGCAGGCGCGAGCUACGUGUGCUCGGCGCCAGCAAAGUGCGCGUUCCCAACGCCGGGGUGGAACGUGUGCCGCCCGGUGCGUCGCGGGCCCCCUUGCGGCGGGGACGACCCCCGUCGCCCCCAGCAUGUACGUUUUGUAAUUAUUCGCGCCGCAGGUGGCAGGAGAGUCACUAACGGCAAACCAAGCACAACUAGAGAACUAUUUUGUGCCAGCGCGCAGCGGCGGCCCAAGUGAGACGGUGAGAAGGCCACCAGGGCGGUUAAAUCAAUUCGAUACAUAUCAAGACGUAAUCUCCU